CUCAGAUGAUAUCCUGUGGAGCCUAACUGUGCCGUUAAAAUAGCUAAAAUGAACAGUGACAACGGAAGAUGAAAAAUUUAUGAGGACGCUACGUUACAACACUGGCGAGGGGUCUGCAGGUGGCCAAACGCGCCAUUGCUAACAGCUAGCACGCGAUUCCAGUCAGUGAAGCGCUCAAGAGCAGAAAUCUUGUCUUCAGGCUUUAGCGUGCCACUGUUAAUGGUACUGCUACCGUUGCCAAUAGGUUGCAAGCUGGCCUCGUUACCGGGGGGAAAUGGCAAACCGCCGUGUCGCGCCGCCGCCUGUUACCGUCAUACGCUGUUGGUGGCAGAACCGCGGCGCUAAGUGACAAAUGACAAAGUGAUGACGAGACCACGUGAUAGAAGCGUAACCUAGCAACGUGUAACGCUGCAUCACGUCCCAUCUCGCUGAUUUAGAUCCAUGGGGGUUACAUUGAAGAUAGCAGGCAGGGGAAACCGGGGGGUGAAAAAUAAGGCAGGAAAAUAGCUUGCCAUAAAUGAUAAUUGGUAAACGGAAUUUUGAAUUCGGCGUUGAGGGGAAACCAAAGUUGGUACUUUAUUAUGGCAGGUGGAUCAAAGUGAUUGUAAUUGAAUUAUGCGCACCGUGGAAACACAGACGCUCUGUCUGGGAUGUCCGAGAAAAGAGGUACAAAAUUUGUUAAUACGCACUUUGCAUUUCGGACCAUCAGGACGGCCAUGAGAGCUGAGGAUCGAGCACCAUUCGUGUACUUCAAGUGCAAAAUAUAUUUUUGAUGGCUUUGCCCGUAGCCUGACAGUGGUGGUAUUAUACAUUUAACGACGACCGCAAAACAUUGAUUUUAGGAGACGCUAUACCAAGCAGAUUUUACGCACGUCCUUGUAAAGUAAGGCGCUGAUAACGUGUUCGCUCACUGAACUAAGAAGCACAAGGGGACAUAAUUGAAAUUCAAGAUCGGACGUAGACGGACCACGCUUUGUUUCAUGUUGGAAGCAGCCAGAAAGCUUACUGGCGAAACUGGACUUAAAACCGUUCUGUGCCGAUGCUGCCUUGGAAUCCGCUAAUGCAGGGCUUGUGCGUGAUUGUUGCCUUCACAUUGGCGAAUCCUCACAUCGUGGACGCCAAGAUCUACGAUCGAUGUGAACUCGCUCGAGAGCUUCACGAUCGAUUCAAGUUCAGCAAACGGGAUCUUGAUAAGUGGCUGUGUCUGGCUUACUGGGAGAGCCGGUUCGAUACACGGGCGUACCACAAGGGUCGUUUCGACGGCAGCGGAGAUCAUGGCAUUUUUCAAAUAAACGAUAAAUAUUGGUGCCAGCCGUACGUCGGUUAUUCGGAAAACGUCUGUAAGGUCCCCUGUUACAUGUUGCGAGAUGAUAAUCUUGAAGACGACAUUCAGUGCGUGAAUAAAAUUUUCCGAAGGCAUGGAUUCCACGCCUGGAUGAUGUUUACCCACAAGUGUUCCGGAAACACCCUCGAAUUUUUCAACGGAUGCGAUAUUAAAAGUCGGAAAGGAGCGUUACCUAGGUAUGAGGCUGAAGCGUCGACCAUGUCGCGAACUUACGUCCAACCGAAUCGAAGCACGGCCGACGAAAUGGAACCCAGUGCUUACAGCCAUGAGCACAGUGAAGCAUCUGGAGAGUCGAUCCAUAGUGUUGGCGGCGACUUCAGCCUAUCAACAAGACCCUCCGCUAGUUCCGGGACCAUGGCCACUUCCCUGGGUUAUAGUCCGACAGCGAUUGUGCAGUCGCCUACGGCCGGCGCUCUGUAUCGACAUGCCUCACAGGCCACUUUGCCUGAUGCAGCUAGCCUACACUUGGCCAACCCGCGCAUCGUAGGCGGGACUUCGGUCAAUAGACAGAAUCUCUUCCUUGCCAAUACGCAAGGCCUCGCAUCGUCUUCGUUCGCAUCGCCUUUGACCUCAUCCGGAUUGGGUCCACCUCUUAGCCUGGCCACGUCCGUAUUCUUCAGCAAUCCUGAGAUGUCCCUUCUUUCCUCUCCCCAACUACUAACCCCUCAAGCCUCUGAGCUAACACCCUUCGUACAUUCCCAGGCGGCCCUUCAGGCCACACCUGCCAAGGCCAAACCCGGCGUGAUCCAGAGGCUGCAAGGUGCGUUGAGACCUUCGUUUAGGGUAAGGCCCAUUCUAUUGUUUAAAGGCCUAGGACGCAGCGGGCGACAGGUAGCGGAUCACCACACGACGACGACCACACCAAUCUAUGGCUCAUCUUAUGGCCACUAUACGAAAAUGGUACCGCACGCCGCCGUGCCGUUCAGAACUUCAGGCCGCUCCGUCGUCCCCGCGGCGUCAGCGCCCAACUCCUUGUCACUGAUGCCGGCCCCGAUCAUAUCCGGCUACGGGGCACCAAUACUUCUUCCGCUUAACCAUCUGACGAGUAGAGGUUUGGGUGGGGCGGUUAAUAAGCGUCACGGUGCCAGCGUCACAAAGAGGCCACACUCAGUGAUCAGUCCUAACACACCGCGAUCCCUUGACCCGUUGAUAGCGGCGUUGAACGCUCCGUUCCCAUCAAGCGGAAGCAAACACAAAAAGUCGACUGCGAACCAGUCAUCCGGAUCCGAAGAAGACGAGGAUGAAGAGGACAAGAAGAAAAAAAAGAAAAAGUAACAAAAAACACAAGUGUGGGACAAGACACCGAACAAUGCUUCAAGAGGAUUUCGAGGAGACAAGCGAAGUCAGGCCAAAAUACAGGGCCGCGGCGUGUCCAUCAAGGGAAUCUGAAUAACCUUUCAGCCAAAACAGAAAUGUCCGUCUAACUACAAUUUCACCUGGUAUUGAUGUCGACGCUGAUUUCUCACGCGAAUUUUUACAAUAAAUAAUAACUACUAGACACAAAAAAGAUCACAUGGGUGUAGAUACAUCAAUCGAGGCAGCAGUAUUUGUUUGCCACUAUCUAUUCUGCACACACAUCGCUGAUGAUACUGUGAAUGUGUUGAUGUUUAAGGGGUGGGGUAAUCGGUGCUAUAUACCGUGACAGGCUCGAGUCAUUUUUGUUCCCGAAAUACGUCGAACCGAAAAAAUCAAUUAAUUGUGUAUUUAUUUAACAUCGACGAAUACACACCUACAUGAAGGAAAUUUUCACACAGUAGGAAUAUUCACGGUUUGACAGCCGUGUAGGUUUCGAUCAUGAGACCAUUGAAAUUUAUAAUACGCGAAAUCUAACAAAACCUAAAACAGAUGCACCUAUUUUCAAGUACCAAUUUCAAUGCUGUAUAUCUGUAUCUCUUCUGGAACAGGACGAGGUUCAAUAUAUGAACGCAGGCCGGGUUUAGUGUCUAGGAGAGACAUCUAAACAUCGGAGUUGUUUUGUUUUGUCUGCGAAUUAAAAGCUAUUUUAGCUGAAAACUCAAAGGGCACAACCGGCAAUCGACUUAUUUGCAUUGCCUUAUCAUCAUGGGACUAAAAAUUUUCAACACUUAGCCGAAGACAGUAUUACAUUCUGGAACGAGUAAAUACCGAUCACUGAAAUUAUUAGUAUAUCAACUAUAACAAUGAUGAUGAUGAUCAUGAAGACCAAAUGUGGGUUAAUUGAGUCUCUUGAUAUUGUCGUUUGUUGAGCGUUCGUAACAAGCUGCCUUGCUACCCUUAAAUGCUGCGGAACAAUCUGAUAAUGAUUAUGUUGGUUCUCUAAUGGUUUUCAUAUUGAGUUAUUUAUUCAUGUGUGAGCAAUCCUCUGAUAACUACAUGUCGAAACAAUGGCGAUGAUGACAACAUUAGCACCAUUAUCAAGUCGAUAAUGGUGCUAGUAAUAAUAAUCGAAGGCCAUUAUGAAGGUGUAAUGUAUGAAGCGCCGUACUGGUUAUGGUGAGAUACAAGGACAAUACGCCGGUCGUAUUGCCUCUCUGUACAUAGUAAGCUUAACUAGGGUUCUCCAAUAAAAAAAAAAGUGCUGAUAAAAGAACCAUAUUAAAAAGAUAACCUUAUUUAGUAAAUCAGCAUAUAUAACGGUGUAACGGUGCAACAAUGUAAUGAUUUUUCUCAAAUUUUGCCACCAAAUAGUGAUCAACUGUUAGUUGACUCCGUGAAUGCUGUUAAUAACAAUAGUUACGAAUGCGAUCGAGGCAGUUGCAUACGUUUUUUUUUGUCUAUGUGUUAGUGAUUCCGCUCACAGUUGGUCUAGCUUAACUUCGACACACCCCUUAUACUACGUUACUGGAAGGGUCAGUUCUGCUGAUAGUGUAACUUCAGUGUAUUUAGCAAAGUCAGCCACUUAAUGAGAGCUGCAUCUCAGCUAAGUAGAAUGACUUCUUUUCUAUGCCGUCAAUGGCAAAAGUUGUAGUCAUAUAAGUUAUUUUUGAUAAAUAAGUCUUUUGCUAAAUAUAAUCCCAGCUAUUGCUCUCGGUGAAAUAUAUUCAUCAUACCAACUGCAUGUGUGAGAUGUCCUCUAGACUAUUACUACUACUGUGUAGUUCAUGGGACAUUGUUGGGACGAUAAGUUGUACUAUGUUAAAUCAAACGAAAAACGCUACAUGCAUGGUGAAGCAAAAGCAUAUAUAUAUAUAUAUAUAUAUUUUAAGGCCACCUUCUUAUUCCGUGUAAAGAGAAAGCUUUUAUCGGUGUUCAUGUAGGUAGCACUACGCACGAACCAAAAAUUAGCGCUGCGGUGGUCUUUUUUUGUAACGUCAGCGAACUGAUUUGAUUUCCUGCCUCCUGUCAAGUAAUCAUUGACUGAUCUUUUGGACCUAGUAGGCGCGAAAAUGCCUGAUAUCGUCGAUCGUUCUUUUAUUACAUUACGUGUACAGGGACAGCGUACAUCACUGAAGAUAGAUUCCAAUUCCUUAGAUAUGUAUAACAAAUUAUUCGGUAUAAUUUUUUUGCAGACAACUAUUACUGAUUUAUCAACGGUAUUACUGAUUUAUCAAUUUUAUUUGGUAGUGGUCCUUCGUCCUGUGUGGAUGCACCAUUUCAUGUAACAUGUAGUGUACUAACGCCCUGAUGCUGGGCCUAAUUCCCUCGUCGACUCCGCUUUGUCGCCAGAGAAAACUGGUAAUUUGGAAUUGAAAAUCACAUACGACGUUUCCUAAGCAGGACAAAGUGUUCUUCCACUAGCAUAAGUCAAAUCUGCUUAAAGUAUACAGAUAAGAUGAAAACUGCUCUGCUGAAACCCGCCAUUUUUCGAUUGUGUUGCUCAGAUCAAAAAAAUUACGGUUAAUAACCACUAUUUAUACAUAAAAUUUAUAAAUAAUACAUACACAUAUUUCUCACUGGGAAUUAUAAAAAGCGAUUAUGUAGAAGUGAGAUCACGGACGGGAAUUAAAUUACAUACCUCCCAUAAACUCAUACUAAAUAUGUCUAAAAUUGCAUUUAAAGUAACCAAUAAGAAGCCUUAAUUCUAGUAAAGAUUAUUCGUUCGCGGGCUAAAAAUAACUCGAAGGACUUAAGGGCUAAACGGCCAAACAAUACUCUCGGUUGGGUUACCAUCAGGUGUGCAUCAUUAUGCAAGUUGAGAAGCAGGUACAUUCUGCCCAUUUCAAUAUCCAACGAAGUCCUUCGAGUAGAACGAUGUCCGGACCACCUAUGGCCACCAAUGGCCCAUGCGAUUUGUCGCGAGCAGGUUAUAAAUACAAUAAACCAAAAAAUAAAAGUACUAAGUCGUUGAACAUUGACAGAUUGCGAUGUGCGAAAUGUUCUAAACUUGUUAGUAGCAAGCGACGCAGGAUUACUUCUAGGGAAAGGUGUGAAUUAUUAUGGAUGUGUCGUCAGUUAUGAAGUGAUACGCUGGUUAAAGCCUCACGUUCACCUGGAUAGUACCUGGAAAAGAAGCUCAAUGUUCGUAAGUGGGAUCUACAGAUUAAAUUCUUAGAAAAGGAAGCGACUAUGGAAAAGCUUUCGUCUUUGGCUUGACAAAAUACAAGUUCUGAGCGGUUUUCUUACCGAAUUUGCGGCGCACCCUAACUUCCGUAUUGACAAUUUUUUCGGACUCACCUGAUGGACCGCCUAUGAGGCAGGCAACUCUUCAAAUGGAACAAAUUUCAGACCUUUAUGUACCAUAGAGUUUCACUCUUCAUGCAGACGGGUGUGGUAUAGCUUAUAGUACUUUAUUAUAGCUCUAAACGAAUUAUGAAAACACUCGUUUUCAUGAUAUACGCCCAAAAUACAGUGUUAAAACUUAUGAAAACAUUCGGUGUCCUAAUAAAUCUUUGUUGGUAGACGCACUCUACUUUUCCUAGCGUGGCCUUAGUAGUAGUAGUAGUAGUAGUUGUUUCCAUUAUUUCAUUCAAGCGAAUCCCAGAACUUUAUACCGCGAUCGAAAAUAGUCGAAUUUACUCGUAACUAACCCGAUGACAAGUAGCUGAUCAAAACUACCCUGAAACUUUUUGUAGUAGAACUAAUUAAUAAUGAACCAGAUUGAGACAGAACAAGUAGAGUCAAUGGUUUUAUUCUGAAAAGAGCGAUCGAUACAUUAUUAUAUAGCACUACAUCUAUUUCGAAGCUUAAAGUUAGCGGAAGCUCCCGGAUCUCUAGAAAAAAAUCCAUUUUGCCACACGCGCUUCGAUACUCUCUGAAUCCGUCCGUCAUUCGUCGUAUAAAUCAGAGAAAUUUGACAAAACAUUUUCUAUUGCAUUCAUUAUGCCCUUGACAGUCUACAGGCCGCUUCAGCAUUGCAACACUUUUGGCCAGAGGCAGCAGAAAUUAAUCAGAAUUCUUAUACAGCUAAAAACUGAAUACGACGUAAGGCCAUCAGGUAAUGAUUCAUCGACCACAACUAUACAUGGAUUACAUAACGAUUACUCUAAUCAACCUUUCUCUUUCUAUUGUCUAGAAUCACGAUUGAUAAUAGGACGUAAUGAAUUUACUAGAAAAACAAAUAUUUCAGUCAUUCCCAAGCUUGUUUUGAAUAUCGUCUCUGUAUAAUAGAGUUCGUACCUGUUUUUCCUUAAAUAGUAAUCUAAAUCAGUUUAUUACAUCCUUCUCUAAAUGAAAGCUUGAAUGUAUUAUCACACAGUCAUUUUCAUGAUAUCUCUUUGUAAUGAAUGAACUAUGACUACUUUCAGAUUGUGGAUGAAAGCCUGCUUCCAGCAUAGAUGAUAUAUUGGAUGGAUGGAAAGAAUUUAGCAGAACGUAAAAAUUCCCGCUACUGCUAACCGUGCACCGAUAAUAAAAACGUUGCGUGUCGACGUCACGCACAUGAUUCGGCGUGACGCACAUACAGAUGCUUUUUCCUGCGCUCAAAUGGAUAGUAUAGAUUAACCUAAAGUUGGCUUGACAUGCUGUUCUCUACGGUCUAUUUUCUUCUUAUUUUCCUUAACUACUCCUCAGCGAUACCUUUAGUAGAAGUAUCCAAAUACGAAGAGGCUUGCACUACGCUAGAAAAAUACCUAGCACGACUAUUGCGCUACAAUUCACUGGUGGCAUUUUUUAAUCGCGGUGAAACUUUAAUGAAAUCGUGAAUAAAAUAAAUUAAAAUGUCGUACGCAGAUGCCAACUUUGGAUUAACUGUUCGCAAACUAUAUAUGAUAAAGAAAACGACUGGGGGUGCGCAGGUGCACUUCCUUGCCUGCCUGUACUAACCAGCGUCGCACAAAUUUAUUAUAAAAUACAUCAUUGAGGAUAAGUUCUAAGCAAGCACAAAACAUACGAUCUGAAGAAGCCGUUCGAUUCAUCAUUAGCAAAAAUUCUAUGGUGAAUAUAUUAUGUUCAAUCUGUAGUGAUCAAAUGUACCGUAAAGGAGAAGAAAAAAUAGAGCUAUCAAAAUAUCUUUUUUUAAUAAAUAUUAUGUACAGCAGUGUACUUCCAUUGUGUUGAAAUAUUCCGCCGGCUUCAAAGACUUUUCACAAUAAUAUCACGUAUAUGUUUCGCUGAGUGUAUUUGAGGCGCUCAUAGUCGUAUCGAAAAAGGUCGAAAAUUCCAGUGAUUCUAGAAAUAUUCGCAAGUUUUUUUUUUGCAAAAUGGUCACCCUAACGUAAUAGAUAAAUAAACGAUUAACAUAUAUUUUGUUAUGCAACUUAGUAUUUAUUAACCUAUAAAUACACGUAUCAUUGGCAAAUAAAAAAAUCGCAGCCAAAGGAUGUUGAAACAACAAAAUAUCAAUAGCUGCUGUGAAGUCGCGAUUCUCUUCCGUAGAAACAUUGCGAUUACGUUGAUCAUCAUGACUUCAAGACUCGGCACGUAGUGCAGGCGCACUAUUCGGGCAAAACUUUAAAAACUCGAUGAUGAGUACUUCAGCAAAGAAAGAACAUUCUUGAAAUUAACUUCCUCCUUUUAACUCGUAUUCUUUUUACACUAAGCGACUCGAAGGCUCCAUCGAAAAAAUCAACGACAGUGCGUAAAAUAUCCCGAAUCAAGAAAAAUAAACAAUUUGGGAGACGCUAUAAUUACACUGAGUACUCUGUUACACGACUGUUAGUUAGUUUUAAUAUAUCCGUCAUCCGUAUUAUGAAAUGUUUUUAAAAACAUUUGUUUUUUGACAUGUUUUUUCUUUAGUAAAAAGUUGUCACACUUCCAUCCGACCCUGCUCUGGCCACAAUGGUUUUAGACCCACAUGGUACAUAGUCGACGACCCACAUGGUACAUAGUCGACUACAAAAGAGAACUUCGACAGAUCUGAAUAUUCUAUCACAGAAUAAAUCCAAUUAUUUUAGUGUAAACUUUUCUAGUGAAGAUUUAAUUCUUAGGUAGCUUUCAACUUAAACUAAGCUGUUACACCUCCGUCCGGAGCUAACUCUUAUUAAAUUAAAACGCAUUCUUAUCGAGCUUUAGAGCCUUCGAAUACAUGAAAGACUAUGCGUUAAUAAUGUAGACUACGGCAUAAUGAAAACAACAGUAGAGUGAAAUGUCCUAUCUUUCUGAUCGCGACCAGUCAUCAAGAGACUUAUGCCCAUUAUGAGCUCACUAUAGAGCUCACUGUAGAGAGGUAAAGCAACACCAGUAGCAAAGAACCAUUACCAUUAGAUAGCAUUUUGAUAUGUAAUUUUUUUGCUGAGUCGGAUAGAGGGCGCUGGCAUCGACAGAGCAUACAUACGUUACAAACGCCUUGCCGAGGUCUUGGACCUCAAACAGCGAUCGAGACGUUUCAGCGAGAACUUGGACCUGCUGCAUUUUUUCCAUCAAGAUUUCACAUUGUUUUGACAAAAAAUUACAUUUAUGGACGGUAAUUAGCGUGGAUAGGUUAAUGUUAGUAGCGAACGGUCAUCUCAAUAGCUACCUUAACAGUGAAAUGUAAAAACUCCUAAAAAAUAUUUACAGUCUGAAUUACUAUAGCUUAAAUCUUUAUUUACAUCUAGUUCACACUUUAAUUUUAAAAUAAUCUACUUAAGAUGUACAACCCUUCCUUUUGCUGUGGGCGCUCACAUUUAUUACCGUUCCAGUCAACACAUUGCUGAUAACAGUGAACUAUUAUUUCACAAGCGUCAACAUACAAUUUAUUUGAUGUUAUAGUGCAUUGGUGCUUGAUGGUGGCUUAUACGUUGAUGUACCAUGGUCGGUGUUCUGGCGCAGGCUUUAUUUUUCUGUUAACGUCAAGUUUUGUAAACAUGCAAGGUAUACUAUGGAACCCCUUCGUCUAAUCCAACAGUAUACAUCGCAAUGAUAAGAUGCAAAUGCUCUUGUUGGUAAUAAGAGGGGUUGCCAGCCUCACCGAACCCCUACUAAAUGCGUGACAAAACAGAUUCUUGCAGUAACUGACACAAGCCAUUGUAUUUUCAAUUAAAUUACAGCACACACAUUCUUUUGGGGCAUCUUGUCUUUUCUCGUACAUUGUGAAUUCUAUAUAUUAUAAAAUUGUUUACAUUACAUAUCUGUAUUUAGCUAGAUACUGAAAGGAUACAUUCAGCUGGAACUUCUGUUGUGUUACGCCUUUCAUACUUUUAUAUACAGUAUAGUUUUUAUCUACAUAAAAUAAAAAAAUAAGCAUUGCCAUCUUGUUCAGGCGAUCAUUAUCAAUGAUCGUCUGAACAAGAUGGCCAUGCUUAUUCUUGACUGGACGAGUAGUUCGAUUCCCCAGUGGAAAUACGCGAUGCACAUAAAAGGAUAAAAAUUAUAGAUAGUCCUUUGAAUAAAUUCGAAUCCGAUGUAUCGCCUACUACUCAAAUCAGUUCAGGCGACGGCAUCAUUUAGGGACGCAGAUAUAUAUAUCUAUACAUAUGGAGUAGUUAUGACCAGGCCUACCAAUACUACUACCAAUUCUACUAGCAGUCUAUAUACUCAUGCCGGCAAUAUAUCUAGUUUAUCUAGCAGAGCCCAAAAAAAAAAAAAGCAGAAACCAUAAUACGACCGACAAUAGAGUCUUUGAAUGUGUUAGUAUGACGACGAUAAAAAAGAAAGCGGGAAUGAAUACUAAUGUGAUGGUUAAUAACCGGUACUCGGCGAGACCAGAUUGUUCCGAUAGCUCCAAAUUAAACCGACUUGGCAAACCAUACCUUUUACAGAUCGGCCAAUUCUUAAUUAGUCAUUGUAUUGAAACAUUAUAUAAUGUAAAAUUCAAUUACGAAUAUAGAAAAUAAAC